UUACCAGUUGUAUGUUGGCCGAGCGUUCGCGUGGCGGGGGCGGCAACGACGAUGACAUUAUUUUAUUUAUGCUGUGAUAGUGAAAUAACAACAAGAACAACAACACCAAGAAUAACAAAAACAACACAAAGCCCCUUUAAAUCAAUCGCAAUAUUUUCGAAGAGAGACGCAAAACCAAAGGAGAGUCAUACAAUUUUACGAUAAAAACGAAUUAACCAAAAGCUUUAACGCCAGAAAAAAAAAUACAAGAAAUAUAUAAAUAAAAACUUAAUGCAUAGUGAAAACAGCACCAAUUAGCGCAUAAUCUAUAAAUUAGUAGUCAAUAUGUUUAGCUAGUUACAAUUUACAUAGAUAACAUUUAAUUAGUGGCUUCAAACAAAACACCAACAACCAACAAACGGAGAAAAACAAAUAUACCUAGUUUAAUUGUACGCAACGCAAAAGUAACGAAUAGCGAUUAGGAAAACUGGCCAACUGAUAAGGCUGGCGAAAAUAUUAAGCUUAUAGCGAAUAGGAAAUAAUAAUAGCAACGGUCCCCCACCCGCGCCUGAAAGCCCCGAAAAGCGAAUUCAUUCAGAAAACGUGCCACACAACCGGACGGCAGCGACGUCGACCGAGGCAGCGACGGACAACGGUAAAUGUCAAAGUCAUAAAGAGAUGGCAGGGAAAUGCCGCUGAGAGAAAGCUCAAAACAAAUGUCACAACUUUAAGGAGUUAACGCUUUAUAAGAGCUUUGUGUAACGUUAAGUGUCAAAACCGUUAAGAGAAAAAGGUAGAGUGCCGCAAAGAGAACGCCGAGAGAGUGUCCCAAAAACUUAAAACGAAUAAGUAAAAACCUAUGCUAAUAUAUAAUGUUAAUGAAUUAGGGGACGUAAGAUCCGGAAAAAGGUCACGAAUAAUUAUCGGGAUAAAAGCUAAACCUGACACAAUUUCUUAAAAACGUUAGAUAAAAGAGAAAACCAUUUAAAUGUAAAAAGGGAUAAUAGAGUGGCAAGAAAAAGACGGAAAAUCAAAGAGAGAGGACGGCGAAAGCCCAGCAAAUCUCCUUAAAACUAGACCAAUGUAAAAACCUUAAGGGAAAGCUCAGGAUAAAAGCUGAACGAAAGCUUUUGGCCAAGACACAAGCCAAUUAAUCGAGACCAAUGGCCACCACAGCGGUGGGAAUGGGUGGCGGCCAAGGAGGAGGGCCGGCGGGAUCGGCGCAUCCUGACGACGCCAGCAGCAUGAGCGACGACGUCUUCGAGGAUGCGGAGACAACGCAGGCGAGGAUCGAGGAGCUGCGGCGUCGUCCCUUCGGCGACGGCUGCUACAAUCCCCCGCGGCACCCGCUUCUGUUUCGGCCUCGAUAACGACAACAACGACGCAGCAGCAGCAGCAGCAGCAGCAUCACAAUCCGCA